AUGAGCGCGGGAACAAAAUUUAUUAUACCAAUAAAAUUUGUCUUGAUUAUAUUUCAUCUUUUAGUUGUUACUAUAACCAUUUACUCUCCUAUUUAAAAUAUAUAUGCUGGAAUACCUGCGAAUACGCCAAUAGGAGAAAAAUCUUUUUACACUCCUGCAUUUAAUGAAACUUAAGCUGUCGGAUCCAUAAAUUUAUUGUUUCUAAUUAUCGAGCUAUGUAUUUUAGUUUUUGGUCAAAACCUAUUUUACGAUUUUUUCAAUUCACUAUAAAUUUUCAUUCAUUUUAUUGGUGCAUUCCUUACAACUUGGUAUAUAAUAGAAGGUUGGAAUUAUAGAUCACUAAAAUAUAUAUUCGGAGUCUUUACAGUUAUUCCUAUGUGCUUAGAAUUCUUCCCAUUAGUAAUUUAUUUGGUUUAAAAAUCAAAGUAAAUGUGA